UUCCCCGUAGCAAUCUUAACUCUGCUGCAUCUCUCUCUCCCUCUCUCUCUCUCUCUCUCUCUCUCUCUCUCUCUGUGUGAACUACACAGCCAGAUCGAGUAAAAAAGAUAGAAGGGAAAUCCAAUGGAGUAUGAGAGGAUUGACAAAGUUCAGACGGGCAUAAUUUCCCCUAGUAAAUUGAGGCUGAAACUCCUAGGACCUCACCAUCAGAAGAGGAAGGAUGGAACAAAUAAUAAUUCACCAAGAACAUCUCCAGCCAGGCUUGAUGAUGAUGCAGAGUUCGUGAAAAACAGCUUAUUAGCUUCCAAAAAUGGAGAUUUUGAUGAUGAAGGUGGCUCAAAAGAUUCUAGUGAACCUUCAGUUCACUCUGAAGCUCCCAGCAUCAAUUCUUCCUCUGUAAAACCAUAUGGAGAGGGAAUGUCAAAUUCUGGCCAAGGUUAUCAGAUUUGUUCCAGGCAGAAGGAAACUGGGGAUAUAAGUGGUAUCAAAGUUCAGCAUUUAUCAAGGGGUGUUAGUGGGAACUUGAGCACAGUUCACCCAAUGAAAUCUCAAGAAGAAGAUAGUACUGGUUAUGAGAGUAAUGCUAGUUCAUCAAACUUUGAGUUUCAUAAAGGUGAGAGGUCCUUACAGAAUCCCAUGGUGAGACAUUUCUCUCGAUCGAUACCUUCAAAGUGGAAUGAUGCUGAGAAAUGGUUGGUGAAUAAGCAACCAUUACACACUAAUCAUUCUAAGAAGAUGAUGUUGCAAAGCCAAGUGAACCGGCAAACAGCAACAAACUUGGUGAAGGUUGUCCCUGAAUACAACAGUUUUGAUCAAAAGGCAUCAGUUAUUCCAGUGGUGGAUACUAAGCCUAUUGAUUCCCAUCAUUCUGCUUCACAAGCAGGUUUGGAGAAGUUCUGUUUUACUAGUCCUGGGACUAAUCCUGUUUCAGGUCCAGCUAAUGCAGCAAUUGAUCUUUGUCCCCUCGGCAAAGAUGAGAAGGAAAUGGAUAAAAAGGAAUUAUCUGAUUCAUGGCAGUUUACCACAAAUACAGCAGUUUUUCCUAACAUAAGGUCCGUGGCAAUGAGAGACAUGGGAACAGAAAUGACACCUGUUACAAGCCAAGAGCCUUCAAGGACCACAACUCCUGUACGAGCAACCACCCCUCUCCGUAGCCCGACUUCCUCAAUUCCAUCAACCCCCAGAAGAGGAGCACCAGCAUCCACACCUAUGGAUUUCACCACAGACAAUAACGCAGAAUGUCAAAAAGAAGAUAACAAGAAACAGCUAUCGGAACAAGAAUUGAAGAUUAAGACAAGAAAAGAGAUUGUAGCCCUUGGUGUUCAACUUGGAAAGAUGAACAUUGCUGCUUGGGCAAGUAAAGAUGAGACUGAAAAGAAUGCUCAUUCAGUUGAACACAGUUAUGCAGAGGAACGGAUUAAAAUCGAAUAUGAAAACCGUGCAGCUGCAUGGGAAGAAGCCGAAAAAUCUAAACACACGGCCAGAUAUAAGCGUGAAGAGAUCAAAAUUCAAGCAUGGGAGAGUCAACAGAAAGCAAAAAUAGAAGCGGAGAUUAGGAGAAUAGAGGAUCAAGCUGAACAUAGGAGAACCCAUGCUCAAGAGAAGAUGAUGAGGAAGAUUUCAAUUGCAAGGCAGCGAUCAGAAGGAAAAAGGGCUGCUGCAGAAGCCAGAAGGAACAGGCAAGCAGCAAGAACUGCCGCACAAGCAGAUUAUAUCCGCCAAACAGGCCGGAUUCCACCAUCCCAUUUCAUCUGUUGUACUUGGGCAUCUUAAAAUUUUUGAAUGACUGAGGAAAUUGCCGUGUCGUACAAGCACCAAGUCAUAACAGUCUCUUUUCUACUCUUCUUUGGGCACAUAAUAUCUUUUAUGGUAAUCCUUUCGAACUCUGGAGAGGGUUCUUACUGU